UUGUCGUUGUCUUUGAGGAUAUUGAACCUCGCUAUAUCCGGACCUACUGCCAGUGUAACAUAUUAAGAAAUCGCAUAUACUUUUCUAAAUACACUUCACAGAAAAUAAGAUGGAUUUUAACGCACUUGAUCCACAAGAAAGAGAAAAACUGCUCAGUGAUUUACGGAGCAAGAAGUGCCCUAUAUAUGAUGAAUGCAUGAUGCCGAAGUUUCCAACGAUGAUGCCCGACCCAGUAAAGCAAAUGGAGGCGAUACGGAACUUUGACUCUAGAGAAUCAGAUAUAUUGCUUUGUACAUUUCCUAAAGCAGGGACACACUGGGUACACGAGAUCGUGUCGAUGAUCUUACAAGAAGGAGCCCAGUACACAGAAGGUCAUAAGGGUAACGUAAUGAUGGAAGCUGUAGACCUUGACCAGCUGAGCGAUCAACCCUCCCCACGUUUUAUCAAUACCCAUGUCGCAUUUCGUCACAUCCCGAAGAAGCAUGUCGAUAACGGCUACAAAAUUAUCCACGUAUUAAGAAACCCGAAAGAUGUAAUGGUGUCACUAUACAAUCACGCUAAGAAUGACCCAUGUACCGCAUGCACAGAGGAAGACUUCCCCGGGAAAUGGGACGACUAUAUUCAGGAUAUGUGUGAGAACAAACACAAUUUUUAUGGAGGUUUCUUCUACUACGAACGAGAAUGGGAGAAGGCUAAACAGACAAAGGCGGUAACAAAUGUCCAUACUGUGUUCUACGAAGAUUUGAAAAAGAAUCCAGUUACAGAAGUGGAACGGCUUGCAGCCUUUUUGAACAAAGAAUUAAGCCCCCAAGUUAUGGAAGAUAUUGUCGACAAAUGUUCAUUUACCAAACUUGCAGACGCUACAACUACCGGCAAAAAAGGGGAAGAUCUCACACCUAAGUUUUCACUGAACAAACAAAAUUUUAUCUUCAGAAAAGGUACAGUAGGAGACUGGAAAAACUGGUUUACUGUCGCUCAGAAUGAAAUGUUCGACCAGAUGCUUGAAAGGGAGCUGAAAGAUUCAAAUUUACAGUUUACUUAUACAUGGUAAAGCGUGUGAAAGUUAUAUUUGCAGGGCAUUAUCAUAAACAUUAUAAAGAACAUGACAGUUUAUCAACUUCACGAAUAUUAUAAUAUUAUUAUUAUUAUGAUAAAGAGUAUAACAAUGGGCAUUCUAAUAAAGAUUUUUCCACGUGAAGAAUAAUAAGAUAAGAAAGGCAAUAACAAUGUAUCAAGUUCAUAAGCAUUAAUGUUAUAAAGAGCGUCAUAAUUUAAUCAAUUCAGGAGGAAACGCCCAUUUCACUAACCACAAGGCCAUCCACAAAUGAACCAUGAAGUCCAACCACGUCAAAUAAUAAACAUAAAACAAUUUGAGUUUAUUAAAAUAUAUUUAAGCAGGUGCUAUUUUGUAGUAGACUAGAUGGUAUAGAAUAGUAUGCUUCGCAGUUAGAAUAUUUUUCAAAUUUAGCUUUGCUCUUUAAAUCACAUCUCUCUAGUGAUAGAAAUGAAUAUAGAUUAUAUAUAUAUAGAUGAUAUAAUAGUUUAGCUUUAAUGUAAUAUUAUCAUCAUACGUGUAUCUAUAUGGACUACUAUAAAUUAAUCUGAAUCUGUUUGAACUAAUAACACAUUUUCAUUACAAUAUUCACAACAAUUUUGGACAACAUCUACCAACUGAUUUUGUGAAUUUAAUGAGUGAUAUUUAGGUAUAAUGUGACUCAGAUAUGUUUAACUUAUAAGCAAUUAAAGAAGAAAAGUGUUUUUGUUUCAAGUCAAAAGCCGCAUGAGCAUAAAACUGUGUCUGCUAGAUGAUACUUGUGGAGGCCAUAAUCUUACUACAUUCUGUAAAUCUGGAGCAAUAUUAUCAGAUUUAUUGAAUAUUGAUAGAAAAAACAGUAUUAAAUCGAAGUCAAUUUUUAGGCAAAUAGAGGUUCAAACUCUCAAACAGUACGAGUUACGGUUAUGUAGAUUUGGCGAAAUUAUUUCUUUCAAAUUGAUGUAUAAUUCUAUAUAUUAUUUCAAACCUUGUGUUCUUCGGUGCUCACAUAGAAUCUACUCUAAUUCUUUGUACAAUAUUUCACGCUAAUUAUUUUACAACACAACACUAGCAUAAUUAAGAAAUAUGAAAUACGUACAUGUUUUUUAAUGUUUUUCCGUUAAAUGUUUUUCUGCCAUUCUUUGUAACUGAAACUUUCAUCUUAGAUCUAUGCUAAAUAUUACAUAAAUUACCAGCGCAGUGUUAAUUGUUUGUCAUCGAUUACUGUAUACGACGAUUCAUCAUCAGUUUUAUAACAUUAGAUACAUGAUCAAUUAUAUCAUAAAUAACAUAUUAGAUCAGUGAUCCCCGGGGAAUUCCUGUGUUUACAGAUCGUCAGUUGAUCCACAUUCCUCCUUACAGUUGUAAUUUAUGUAACAGGUCUCCGUACAACGCUCUGUCAAAUGCUUUGCUUCUUCAAAUUGAUCAGGGCUUUAAAGUAUAAUGUGAUAAUUUUAGUUUAUUGACGGGAGGAUCUACAGGAAUGAAUCAUGAUUGAUGUUUAGUAAAUGUAUUAUCAUUUAUAAGGUUGUGAUAGUAUUUGGAUAUUUUUUUCUGUAUUUUGCUAAAACUGAAAGUGAUAGAUUUAGGCAAAUAUUUUGAUGUUUAUUUGAUAAGCAUUUUCCUUUUUAUAAAUAGCAUCUCUAUUUGCAAAUUUCAAACAAACGGUGAUAACUCUUGUGCUAAUUGAUUUAUCUAAAAAGAAGCGAGAGAGAGCUCAAUUCAAACAUUAUCUCAUUAACUAUAUCAUCAGAUCCAGUUGGUUUUUUUAGUUUCAGUAUCAAAAUUUUAACUCUAACAUUAUGUUGUGGUCUUUUGGAGGAUUAUUUAUAAAACCUGGAACAAUGAUAGAAAAGGUAGAUAUAGAAAAAGUCUUUAAGGCAUUCAGCUAUGACAAAACAAAAGAUAACGAUGGGUAAAAGAAUCUUCAUGUUUAAAAUAGUCUUAUUUGCAAUGUUCACAACAUCUUCUGCUUUUUUCUAUCAUUUGCUUGAAAAGAGCAUUUUUGUUAAAUUUCUGUAACUCUUACUGGCGAGCCCUAAAAGGACGAUAUACCUGUAUUAUAUAGGUUAACUCUACCGUAUCUAACUCAAAAUUUGUAUGAAAGCUUCCAUUCACAUGUCUCUUGUACAACUUUUAAGUUUCUUGUCUGUCUUAUCUAUAAUUUCAUUUUCAUCAAGGUGAAGGUUUUGCUAUGAAAUACAGAGAAGAUCAAUUUACCUCGCUGGAAAUUAUGUAAGCUAUAUAUUUGGAGUAUUCACCAAAAAGUUAAAAUCCACUGACGCUUGUUCAUAUUCUUUGGAUGUGUUAUAUAAUGUUGAUGAUGAAAGAUGGCCAAAUGACCACAAUAAAAUGCAGAUUUUAUGAA